GAAUUCAAGUUGACAGUUAUUAAGAACCUCCCUAUAGUUCGCAGUGGUUCGGUCCCGGUAAAAAACAGGUCACACGAUGAGCUCCGUUAAAAAACAAAAACAAGCGGCGCUGACGUAGAGCUCCCGGGUGUGUAGGUGGUCAGCCCGGUUAAAGCGAGACGAUUCGGUUGUGACUUGUCGUCAUCCCGCCGGUCGGUGGCCUGAUUCGGCCGGUUGUCGUCCGUCCUUCUCCCGGUCGCAUUGGCGGGGGCCGCUCCGGCCCGGGCUGAGGAGCUGCUUCUGCUGCUGUCCGAGGAAGAGGAGGCCCCGGGGCCGCCCCCCCCGCCGCCCCGUUCUAGCGGGCCCCCCGGCUCCUUCCUCAGGCCUCAGCGGGGACAUGGAUCAGUGUGUGACGGUGGAGCGGGAGCUGGAGAAGGUGCUGCAGAAGUUCGGGGGGUACGGGCAGCACUGCGAGCGGAGCCUAGAGGAGCUGAUCGAGUAUGCGGGCGGCCUACGGAGGGAGAUCGUACAGGCAGCCGUAGAACAAGAUGGAGAGCUGUCGGGAACGUUGUCUCUGGUGCUGACACAGUGCAGUAAGCGGAUAAAGGACACAGUGCAGAAGCUGGCCUCGGACCACAAGGAUAUCCACAGCAGCGUGUCCCGGGUGGGGAAGGCCAUAGAUAAGAAUUUUGAUGCAGACAUCAGCAGUGUGGGCAUUGACGGCUGCUGGCCGGCGGACAGCCAACGCAUGCUGAAUGAAGUCAUGGUGGAACACUUCUUCAGGCAGGGAAUGCUGGAUGUGGCUGAGGAGCUGUGCCAGGUACCUGCUGAAGCUGGACUAUCCAUAGACCCAAGCCAAAAAGAACCAUUUGUGGAGCUGAACAGGAUAUUAGAAGCGUUGAAGGUGCGAGUUCUGCGACCAGCUUUAGAAUGGGCAGUGUCAAACAGGGAGAUGCUGAUGGCUCAGAACAGCUCCUUGGAGUUCAAGCUGCACAGAUUAUACUUCAUAAGUUUACUGAUGGGGGGAGCCGCCAACCAGAGGGAGGCACUGCUGUACGCCAAAAACUUCCAGCCUUUUGCUUUAAAUCAUCAGAAAGAUAUCCAGGUGCUGAUGGGAAGCCUUGUGUAUCUGCGGCAGGGAAUCGAGAACUCUCCCUAUGUCCAUCUGCUAGAUGCAAACCAGUGGGCAGACAUCUGUGACAUCUUCACCCGGGAUGCCUGUGCCCUGCUGGGCCUCUCUGUUGAAUCUCCUCUUAGUGUUAGCUUUUCCGCGGGAUGUGUGGCGCUCCCAGCGUUAAUAAACAUUAAGGCGGUGAUAGAACAGCGGCAGUGCACCGGGGUGUGGAAUCAGAAGGACGAGUUACCGAUUGAAGUGGACCUUGGUAAGAAGUGCUGGUACCAUUCAAUAUUCGCCUGCCCGAUCCUUCGUCAGCAAACUACAGACAAUAAUCCUCCAAUGAAACUUGUUUGUGGACAUAUUAUAUCCAGAGAUGCAUUAAAUAAAAUGUUUAAUGGUAGCAAAUUAAAGUGCCCGUAUUGCCCUAUGGAGCAGAGUCCAGGAGACGCCAAGCAGAUCUUCUUCUGAGGACGGAGGCUUCUUCCUUCGGCGGCCUCCUCUGUUUUUAGUUCAUUUUGAAGAAAGCUCGGGGAGUUUCCCCCUUCAUUUUCCAUUUAUUACAGAACUCCCAGGAUCAUCCAGAAUUUUUUUGGUAAAGCCAAUCCACACAGACACUACUACCAACAAGCAUAAUCCUGACUACAAUAAAGUCAGCACCAAGGGUUGAAGUCUUGUUGUAAAUGUGCGUCCCAAGGACCUCCGCGUAACCUCUGUAUAUGACCGCAGCAGUCAAACCAUGCAGGUUUUUUGUACUUACAAAGCAAGAGAUGAUGUAAACUUUUUAUUGGUAAAGCCCCAAAUCAGUUCCUCUCCCUCCUCUUACUCUCCCUCCUGUCAUCUUAUUGCUGAUUGUCAAUAUAGAGCAAUGUCGUGAGUUACCUCCUCCUGUACGUUGUACAUAACCUAAACCCAUUCUUCAGAGACUCCUAGUACAGACAUAGCCGAUAGAAGAUCUAAUAUGUAUUUUUUUGCUAAGAAAAAAUUGCCGUAAUAUCUUCAUAGUUUCCUUUUUGAUUUUUAAUUUUAUUUUAUUUUUUCCUUUUGCUGUACUUAACAAAAAAAAAAGUGUAAAUAAUCCCGGCACCGUGACUAUAAUUUAAUAAGAGCGAGGAGCUAUUUGCUGCUAAGAUAUAACGGGGUAUAUUGUGCUUUUACUGAAAUAAGAAAAAAAAAGGUUUGUGUGAACAGAAUAUUCAAUAAAAAAAAAAAAAAGCUAUGACUUUGACGCGUUUGUCGGGUGACUGUAUAGCGGUCAGUCUUCUCAAUACAAAGCUUUAUUAGGCAAUGAUCCCUUCAGAUAUGUACAGGACACCAGAGAUACAGCCAAGAGCUGAUAACAAUCAUCCUCUUCUGGUAUGGAGGACUCUAUGGCCCACAUUUAUCAUUAGCUGUCUACCUCCUUGUUUUUGUCGCGUCUUUUUAAACCCCGUAUAGAUCCCGUCCUUGCGCCUUUUUUAUUAAAAAGACGCACGCAUCUUGCUGAUUUUGGCGCAAGC